CUCCUUCCAACAGCCGUUACACAGGUGUAGACUAACAGUGAAAUGCUUACUUACGAGUGGGUCCAUUUCCAACAAUGCAGAGUUACAGAUAAGAUUCAAAAUUAAAUAAAAACGAUGCAGUAUGAAACAGCGAGAAUGUGAAUUAAUAUACCGGCAUGAAUAUACUUAAGAGAAAUAGUGGGAGAAUGAGUGUCUUAAUGUGUGUGCUAAUAAAAUAGACAGGGAUAGUUUGUGUAAGAGAGCGAGAGAGAGAGAGAGACCAACCCCCUGAAUACAGCAAGCCAUGUGUCUGCUUUAUGCCCACUAGAUUUACAGAGCAGCUUUUAUCAGAUCAAGGCAGAGAGAGAGUGGAGAGGAGAAGAAAGAAGAGAGAAAGAGAGAACACAGAGCAAGAUAUUGUAGUUUAAGAGAGGGGGACAGAGAGCAGACAGUUUAAAGAAAAGGACAGACUUCCAGCGCAGCAGCCAGCAGCAGCAGAGGCAGCAUACUGAUCCUCCACACAGUAACCUAGCUGUCCAGCCUGCCCCCCAGCCUGACCUCUCUCCACCCCAGCAAACAGCUGUCCAGCGACAAGAGAAAGAGGGGGGGCUCGACACACCAGGGAGCAGAAGGAGAGGAUCCCACUCGUCCCAUCCCACUGCAGCCUGCACUAAAAACGUCUCGAGCUGUGGCUUGGAAAGCAGACAGACAGACAGGCACAGGUGCUGCAGACGGCAGUCAUAGGGUAGGAGGAGACUACAGUUCCAGAGAGGAAUAGCUAGCUCGAGCUUCAGCCAGCACCAGUGAGUCCGGGAACCACACGCUACACACACCUCUUCAGCAGUCAGCACUAGGACUGAAGACCUUCAGGAGGACAGUGGACACCUCCUUCUGACACGAACCAGGACCUCAUCACAGGGAUUACAAAAGGAAAGUGGCCUGUUGACCACUCUGCAACGUCAUAGACAACACUGGUGAGAACUUGGACUCCUGCUCAACUUGGAUUUCCUGAUUAAUGACACAAAGAUCGAACCUAUCUUCGGAGCAGGCAAAGACAACACAGCCGUUUCAUUGAGAAUGUAAUUCCACCAUCUCCGCAGGGAGACCUUGUGUUCAAUGUGAAGUUCUUCACCAGUCCUAACGUUCUAGGAGUAUUCUCCUCCCUUUGUCCUUUAUCUCUGAGCUCUAUUCAACAGUGACCACCAUGCCUGCCAAAGCACCCAUCUACCUGAAGUCCAACAACAGCAAGAAAGGCAAGAAGUGUCGUCUGAGGGACAUCCUGUCCCCAGACAUGAUCAGUCCACCGCUGGGGGACUUUCGCCACACCAUUCACAUCGGAAAGGGCGGCGAGAGGGACGCCUUCGGGGACAUGUCCUUCCUCCAGGGGAAGUUUGAGCUCCUGCCUGGGAAAGGUGAGGUGUUCCGUCCGCAAUACGGCGUCCACAAUGAGUUCCUGCGGGCCAACAGUGCAUCUGAUGCCCAGUUCACCGAGACGCCCUCUCCGGUUCUGAAGAACGCCAUCUCGCUUCCUUCUAUCGGGGGGUGCCAGGCCCUCACCUUGCCCCUCCUCUCCACCAAUAUGUUCUCUAUGCCCGUUAAGGAACCACUGGAGAGCAUGGUAGGGCGGGUUCCUACCCCUCCCCUAGGGGGCCCAGAUGGGACUGAUAAACUGGGGAUCCUGGAGAUGGAAACCCUGUUGUGUUCCAUUGAGGUCUUAAGCAGCAACCACACCAAACCUCCUACAGAGGUCACAACCAAACCAGACGUCCUGCUGGAUCUGAUAGAGAAACCAGAGAAGCCAAAGACAAAGAAAUUCUUCAAAAGCAAUUAUGAAAAUGAUAAUAUUGAGAGCGGUUAUGAAAAGCCUACACCAACCUACUACAUCAACGGCAACAUCAAUGGCACCUGCAAUGGUAACGAAAGCUUCAACGGCAACGGCAACUGCAAUGGCUUGGGAAGCUUUAACAAUGACAUUACCCUCUGCUAUGAGAAAGCGCUCUCUGACUGCAAUGGAGACUGGGUGGACAGGGACAGCGGGGUGGACGAGGGGCGCAUUUGCGACAUUGACUUUGAAUUCUGCAAUGACAAGAGGGUGUCACAGGAUUCCAUCUCCCACAUCACUGGUUCCCUUUUGUCACUUGAACUCGAUUUGGGCCCAUCCAUUCUUGAUGAUGUACUCAACAUUAUGGGUGACCCCAAGGUAAUGAGCAGACCUUGAACAAUGCUCAGGCUAGUGAGUUGAAAGGGAAAUAUAGAACUUAAGAGAGAACUAUGAGAAAAGACUCACAAACCUGUCAAAAUAUUGUCCAUGGCAUGUGAAUAUUAUUGUGAUGGAAAUUCACUUCGGUAUGCAGCGCUGCUUUGUGUCGUUAUUUUCUGAAAUACGUUUCUGUCUUAGCUUCCUUAGGGUUUCAAUGCUUUUUCUGUUUGUGCUUUGUGCUACAGGCAUGAGAGAUGCAUGCGCUGUUGAAUUACAACUAAACCCCAGCCUAUUUUGCAAUCUAUUUUAGUGUUUUUUUAGUGUUUUUAUCCCGGCUUUAGCUGUAGAUAAAAAAAGAUACGUGUUCUGAAGAAGUUAUUGCUUUGAUACACAAUCUAAAGCUCUGUUUCUCAAUAUCUAAAUAUAAUGCAUCUUGGUGACUUUUAAUGUGUUUAUCAAAGCACUAUUUUGUUUGUCACAUGACCAUUUUAUUAACAAAACUACAAAGAUCCUAUGUAUACUAUACAGUACUUGUGUUUUUGUUUUAUAGCGUUAAUAAAUAAAAAUGUGUCCUUUUUCCCCCCUA